GAAAAGUUCUUGUUUUACCGCCAACAGCUUCAAUAUGGUUGACAGCAGUAUCCGUUGGAAGUCGUGAAUCGUUUUUGAAAUUGGAAGGAUUUAUAUUUUUUUAAUAAUUUCUUUUUUUUAUAAAGUGUGCAAUUUAGGUACUGUGAUAUUAAUUUACAUAGACAGAACGUGGUCUCUUCUUGUGCCAACGACAAGAACAAGGGUCAGAGAAAAUACUGCGAUGUCUAUGGUGAUUUUGAAAAGAGAAGUAAAUUAGAAUGUGUUUGAAAAUGCUGAGGCUGUUGUUUUUGGUGGCGAUGGCGGUCGUCACAGCGAAGGUCCAAGAUGAUCCGGCUGCUAACCAAAUAGUCAUAUUCAAAGAGAAAAGUAAGGGACCCAUUGCAACAAUGACAACCGCUGCUGGUGCACCCAUCGAACAAAAAGAAGCUACAGUCACAUUGAACGAGAGGUUGAUAUUCAAUGAAUAUUUUAUGGACACUAUGACCCACUUGGUAAGGGAAAGAAUCCCAGAACGAUUGGUCCACGCAAAGGCUGGCGGUGCCUUUGGUUAUUUUGAAGUAACACAUGAUAUAACAGACAUCUGCAAAGCUAAAUUAUUUAGUAAAGUAGGCAAGAAGACGCCUAUCGCAGCCAGGUUCUCCCCAGUCGUCGUUGAGCGAGGAGGCAUUGACACUUCAAGAGACGCCCGAGGAUUUGCCCUCAAAUUCUACACUGAAGAUGGUAACUUCGACAUAGUUGGCUUUAACACUCCCAUGUACGUCUACAAAGAUCCUCUUCUAUUCCCCACUUUCGUACGAGCACAGAAAAGGAACCCAGCGACGAAUUUGCUAGAUCCAAACAUGCUUUGGGACUUCCUAACGCUACGUCCAGAAAGUUUGCACAUGUUUUUACUAGUAUUUGGUGAUCGAGGAAUCCCAGACGGUUAUAGACACAUGCCUGGUUUCGGUAUUCACACUUUCCAAGUUGUAAAUAAACACGGUGACAGCCACUUUAUCAGGUUCCAUUUCAGACCAGAUGCAGGCAUCAAAAACUUACGUUCAGAAGAAGCAAGAAAGUUAGCGGGCACUGAUCCAGAUUAUGCAACUAGAGAUUUGUAUAGAGCUAUUGGGGAAGGACACUAUCCAAGUUGGACUGCCAGUAUUCAGGUUCUAAGCGAGGAUGACGUUAAAGAAGCUGACUUCGAUGUCUUUGACGUUACCAGAGUAUUACCGUUGGACAAGUAUCCUCUAAGACCGUUGGGUCGGUUCGUGUUGAACAAGAAUCCUGUCAAUUAUUUUGCUGAAAUCGAGCAGUUAGCAUACAGUCCCGCGAACUUAGUGCCAGGUAUUCUCGGAGGGCCUGACAAAGUGUUCGAAGCUCGUCGUUUGGCGUACAGAGAUGCUCAGUAUUACCGCUUGGGAUCAAACUUUUUCAACAUACCUGUAAAUUGUCCUUUACAAAACAGAGCUUUCCCGUACAACCGUGACGGUGUGCCUCCUGUCAAGGACAAUCAGAAAGACAUACCUAAUUAUUAUCCUAAUUCAUUCCAUGGACCUGUGCCUUACAAAGAAAAGGAUAGGGUUGAAUUGAUUGAGGUUCACCAAGACCAACCGGAUAAUUUCGAACAAGCUCGAGAGUUGUAUAUCAAUGAAAUGGAGCCCGAAGAAAGGCAGAGAUUGGUUGAGAACAUUCUUUACAGUUUGGGUCCUGCUACUAAGUUUUUGCAAGACCGUGCGGUGAAAAUGUUCGGUCGGAUACAUUCAGAUCUAAGUGACAGGAUAUACCAAGGUCUACAGGCAAAUAGGACCAAAAAUCCCUACGAAAUUGAUUUAGGUUUCUUUGGAGCACAUUCUUACUUUUAAGUACCUCAUUAGUAUUUAAGUUGUACAAUUUGUUAAUGUUUUGUUACUACGUUUUUAUAGUUAUUUUAUUCCUUGUUUAAAGUAUCUAAUAAAAUGUUCUCUCUGUAAUAUA